CAGGUUUCCAGCCGCGCUGCGGGCACCGGGGCUGGCCGGCGCGGGCGCUCCACCUCCUCAGCGGGACCUCCCUUGGCAAAGACUUUGAUCCUGUUGCCCAGUGCCGGGGGCGGAUCGUGAUCCCUCUGCCUGAGGCAAUUAAACCUUGGACUGGCAAUGACUUUUUGGGCUGUAAACAAGCUGCAUGAAGAAGGUCAUUUGUAGAAGUUGUGGAAAACUGCGGAGAUUGCCCUGAGGAGCACGUAAUCUGGAGGAGCAGAUCCCGAAGCCCCGACCCUUCCCCAGAGCUCCCUUCCCCGGUGCUGCCAGCGGGGCCUCCCGCGCGCCCACGGCCGAGCCAUGCGUGUCGCCGUGAUCGGGGCCGGCGUGAUCGGGCUCUCCACCGCCUUGUGCAUCCACGCACAGUACCACCUCUGGAACAAAGAGACCUUUGACUACCUGCUCGGACACCUUGGCUCGCUGGAAGCAAAGGAAAUGGGACUUUUCCUGAUUUCUGGCUACAACCUGUUUAAACAGCCAGUUCCGGAUCCAUCUUGGAAAAACAUUGUCCUGGGAUUUAGGAACUUGACACCAAAAGAACUUGAACUCUUCCCUGGCUACAGCUACGGCUGGUUCAACACAGCGCUGGUGCUGGAGGGCAGGAGCUAUUUGCCGUGGCUCACCAACAGGUUAACGCAGAGAGGAGUGAAGUUUUUCCAUAAGAAGAUCCAGUCUUUCCAGGAGGUGGGUUGGGCACGUAGCCGUGAAGGCUCUGCCGCGGCAGGGGAACAGCCCCCCGCAAGCGCGUGUUGGGCUGGGGUGCUCUGCAGCACCCGGCCGGGGCUCUUCCAAGCACACCAAGGCUGGGACAGGUGCAGCAUGAACCAAGGGCCUGAGGAUGGCAGCAAAGAGGAGCCAAGAGCUGGAAAAUAAGUCCUACAAGGAAAGAUAGAGUCGAGUGGGGCUGUUUAAAGAUGAGAAGGCUGAGGGGGGAUGUGAUAGCAGUUUUCAAGGAUGGAAAGUCUGCUGCAAAGAGGAAGAGGGAUAAUAUCUUUCCCAGAGUGGGUACAGUCAUAAGGAAUGGGCAAGGAAGAUUUAGUUCGGGUAUCGUGAACGAUCUUCUAGUGCUGGGGAGAGCGAAGGGCACUUCUGAUAGCGGAGCCAUAUGGGAGCAGGCUAAACGGACGCCCAUUGAGAUGGACACAGGAGGAUGCGAGGAGGAUGGAUGGGAGGGCCUGCUGGGGCCCCUCAUCUCAGAUUUCUGCCGCAGGAAGCGCUUGGGAGAGAUCCUCCAGCUCUUAGGGUCAGACUGUCCUGCGCUGGUGCUGACGCAGAGGGCGCACCUGGCCCGCGUGGGGCGAAGGUGCAGGCGCGCAUCGGCCUCGGGGCUUUCCCCGAACGGGAGCAGCGGCAAGCAGCGCCCCCGGUUUCAGCGGGAGCUGUGCAGGGGAGCUGGGCGCUUCUGUUGUAUUCAUUACCAGACUGCUGGAGCG